CGCAGGAAAUCGCAGCAAAAUAAAAAAAAAUUGUUUUCUGGAAACGUCGAGAGCUAGCUAGCUGCAACUCCGUCGCAAUUUCAAUGGCAUCUGCUCACUCCCUCGCCGCCGUUUCUGUUCUCGCUGCGGCCUCCAAGCAAGCCAGCCUUCCUUCUUCUUCUUCUUCUUCCUCUACUCUCCACUCUCUUUCUUCUCUUCGAUCUAAACCUCGCCAGCAGCACCUCUCCCUUCGCAGUGUCGCCCUCAAAGGGGGAGCAAAGGCGCAGGCCAAAGAAGCACAAGGAAACCCAAUUACCGUGGGAGAUGCAUUCAGUAAUGUGAAGCAUAUUCUUCUGCCAGUGAUUGAUCGGAAUCCUUAUCUUUCUGAAGGCACCAGACAGGCUGCUGCUACAACAGCUAGUUUGGCAAACAAGUAUGGAGCUGAUAUCACAGUUGUAGUCAUUGACGAAGAAAAGAGAGAAUCAUCUUCGGAGCAUGAGACUCAAGUAUCCAACAUCCGGUGGCAUUUAUCCCAAGGUGGGUUCGAGGAGUUCAAGCUGUUGGAGAGGCUUGGGGAAGGAAAAAAGGCGACGGCCAUAAUAGGAGAGGUGGCAGAUGAGCUGAGCAUGGAGCUGGUGGUGAUGAGUAUGGAAGCCAUCCACUCUAAGUACAUUGACGCCAAUCUACUCGCUGAGUUCAUCCCCUGCCCCGUCCUCCUCUUGCCCCUGAUGGCUACGACGGCGAGUAGUGCCGCUAAUUCUGCAUCUCGCUUCUCCAUUGAUUCCUCUUUGUCGCGAUCACGUCACAGCGAUUCCUCUCCCUGGUUGAUGCCUGCUGCUGCUUCCCAUGAUGAUCCGGCUCCUUCCCUCUCCCAGGACGAUCCCUUCUUAACCGGAAAUGGCACUUCCGACUACGACAAUGCUGAUCAGAAGCCUCCUGUCUGGAACAUGCCUUCUUCUAAUAGCUCCUCCGAUGUCGGCCCUGUCAUGGGCGCCGCCGAAUCCUGGCCUGCUCUUCGGUCUUCUUCCAACAAGUCUCCCUCUUUCGAUUCUUCCAAACCUUUAUCUGAUGGAUCAUCAUCAUCAUCAUCACCACCAAUGCCGCCUCCCCAGGCUGGUGGAACUCCUUUCAAUUCUACUUCCAACACCAAUGCCAAUGCUGGCUCGAGUGUUGCUGCUACUUCAUCUGAAAACAUUACUGUUAAUAAUAGCCAGAGGAAACCUUUUAGACGGAAUAACAACGCAUCAUCUUCCAGUAGUAACAUCUCCAACCCACCUAAUGCUGCGCCUUUUAACUCCAGAGAUCAGAAUCACAGCCAAAGGGGUGGUUCUUAUGGCUCAGGGAAUUUCCGUAAUUCUCAGAGGAAUCGCAACAACAGCUCUUACCCUCGUGUGGAAGGUCUUCACCAUGGAAACAGGCGCAAUUAUGAGAGCGGGUUUUCUCACCGUAACUAUAGUGGGAGAGACAUGCACUUGCAACCGCAGAGGGGUAUUGGGAUGAUGAGACCGCAGAUGCUGAUGGGGCCACCAUCUUUUCCUGCCAGUAGUGCGCAAUAUAUGGCAGCGCUUCAAUUAGGUUCAUAUGGUGGCCCCAUGAUCUUCCCAGAUUAUGCACAGCCUGUCUUUAUGCCACAUACUGAUCCAGACCCGAUGGCUUUAGUUGGACCCUUCCCACCUCUACCCAUGUAUUUUCCCAGUUAUGAUGCCAUGUUGUACAAUAAGAUAUUGACACAAGUAGAAUAUUAUUUCAGUGCUGAUAACCUGAGCAGAGAUAAACACUUGCGGUAUCAGAUGAAUGAUGAAGGUUGGGUUUCUGUUAGAGUAAUAGCAGGGUUCAGGAGACUUGCAGAACUGACCAACAACAUCCAGACUAUAUUGGAAGCACUAAAAAGUUCAGAAGUCGUGGAAAUUAAGGGUGAAACAUUAAGGAGGCGAGGAGAUUGGGACAAGUAUUUAUUGCCACGUGAGCCUUCAAAGUCCGGUCCAGCAGUGGGGGCUGCUAGCAACAAUGCCUCACUGGUGUCUCAACUUGAGAGCAUGACUCUAUCAGAGAGGAGCAGAGAGGGAGAGGUGGAGAUAAAAGUGAAGAUGGACUGCGAAGGAUGCGAGAGACGGGUGAGGAAGUCGGUGGAAGGCAUGAAAGGAGUCAGCAACGUCACCGUCGAUCCUAAACAGAGCAAACUCACGGUGGAGGGAUUCGUCCAACCGAGCAAGGUGGUGCAUCGGGUGAUGCAUCGGACGGGGAAGAAGGCGGAGCUGUGGCCUUACGUGCCUUACGAGGUGGUGCCACACCCUUACGCACCUGGUGCCUACGACAAGAAGGCCCCUCCUGGUUACGUUCGUAAUGCACUCGCCGACCCUCUGGUGGCUCCGCUUGCUCGUGCCAGUUCCUUCGAGGUCAAAUACACUUCUGCUUUCAGCGAUGAAAAUCCCAACGCUUGUACCAUCAUGUGAUCAAGUCUUGUCAAUUUAUAGUUAACGACACAUGUGAGUGUGCGCGUGAGUGUGUUUGUAUCAGUAUAUAUACACUUUAAGUAACUCUGAAUGUUGUAUGUAUGAGUCAUCUAAAUUCCACUGAAAUUAAAAGGGAGAAACAGAAGAAUAAAGAGGUGAUGAGAUG